UAACACAGAGCGAGUGCGUAAGUGGAACUACAUAAUAUAAAAUCCGAUGAUAAGAUGCAUAAUAAAUAAAUAAAAAUAACAGCCCGCAGCCAAUAUCUGUCAAAACUGAAACAAGCAAUUAGGAAUAUGCAUAAAAGCUGAAAUAUCAAGUAAUGCUUAGAGCGCGUAAGGCGCGAUAAGUCUACAGUGAACAGACACGAUAAACAGUUUACAACAAUAAAUAUGGAAGAAAAACCGUCAAAAGGGAGUGCCAGCUUCGGUGAAACAGUAUUUGCUGGUUUAGAAAGAGCAUCACAACAACAUGAAUCUGACUUAGUUAUAGAUCUUGGGGUAGACAGACUUUUACAUUGGAUCGGUGUUUAUGCUACAAUUGGUUUGGCGCUUGUUGCUAAAGUUAGCAUGUAUAUCGACCCAAACUUAUCAUGCUUCCCAACCGAAAAAAUAUCAAUCGAAUAUACGGUUCCUUUUAUUGCGUUUGCUGAUACAUACUGCUGGGGUUCCCCCAAAGCGGAGAAAAACCAUAUGUGUCAUUUGCCGAAGAACUCAACAAGUUUAAUGAAGAACCCGGAAGUCUUCAUUUCAUUUAUUCAAUGGUUUCCGUACAUGACGUUAUUUCAGGGUUUGAUGUUAGCAACUCCAAACGCAGUCUGGCACUUCCUGGUUGGAGGUCGGUUGUACGGCCAUCUUAAGUUUGUGAAGCUUCUGAUUAAGACAAUGUUUGACAAAUUUGAGAAGUUGAAAGGAGUCUAUUAUCGUCAAACUGCGUACGACACAGACGGGGAAAGUUUUGACGAUUUGAAAAAGUAUUCCAGCAAAGACAAAGUCAACAAAGAACGCAGUCAUGAUGAGAAUAAACCGAUGCACAAAGUGAAUCUUGUUAAGAGUAACAGCGUCGUUGAAACGAGUUUCAUAAAUCCCGAAGUACCAUUAAGUCCAACACUACAGACUGAUGAGAUAGAGACACUUAUCAACGAAACAGGUCCUGGAGCGGAAGAAUCCGGAAAAUCAGCUUCCGAAUCAGUUAGAUGUUGCAAUGUGUUCACCCGACUCAUGCGACCGUGCCAAGUUUGUUGCAGAAAGCGUCCAUAUAAGAUAACUGACGACCAUAUUGCUUUGGUAAAAGUGAAAACACCAGAAGCACAGAAAGCUGAAUGCAGCAAGAAACUGAGUAAAAACAAAGAAGACACGAACAAACGUAACUGUUCAGAGAAGCUCUGGGACAGAGUGCUUGGGAAGAUGAGAGACCGUCAUUUAUUUUCAAUGAUCUGUUUUGAGAACUUUGCUUCUAUGCAGCAUCUACCUUAUAUUUUAUCAGUGUUUAAACUGAUACCACCGGUAAAUGAUAGUAGAAAGAAAAAACGUGGUGAAACGCCUGGUCGAUUUCCUUUGCACGAAGGUAUGCUGUAUCUUUGGUGCCAUAAGGAUAACUUUCAGACUACGUUCCUGGUCAAACGCUACACAGUAAAGCAUUUGUGUACCGCAUUGUUUGCAUGCAUUUGGUUAGUCAUCAUGAUCUACCUUGGAAUUGUUUCAUGGGAUAGUCCCAGAGACACCGAGACGUUUCCGUGUACACUUCCAGGAAACACGAUAUGCAUCCUAUGUACAUUGAAAGGCAAAAGCGACGUACUGGCUUUACUUAUCUGCGAUUGUGUUAUACUGACAGCAGUGUCUUUGGUAUCUUUGUUUUAUUGGAUUUUCUGGCGAAUUGGGAGCGAACGAGCAAAUUGCAAGUUUUUUGAAAAACUAAACAGCGACUCAACGACAGCAUUCCAGCAGACCGAAACAGCAGAAAAUUUUGAACGGGAUCACAAAGCGGUUCACGACGGAAGGGCACAAUUCAAUGAAGAGAUGACAAAUUUCAUGAAAAACAUGGAGAAGUUAGCAAUGAAUUUAUUAAAUGGCCGGAAAGUGACAGCGAAGGAUUCUUCAUAAUAUCACGAAGAUUUGUGUUCAUAACUCUGUAUGUAAACACAUACAUUAUGCAUACACGUUCCUUGUGUUUUACAUGCGCACUUCCGCUAAAAUAGUUGAAUUAUCACUGUGUGGUUUAUAUAGGGUGGGCAAAGACGGGACACCUUUAGCACAUAAUAUACAAAUAUCCUGGUCGUGUUUUAAACAAUUAACAACGGUCUAUAGGAUAGGGUACGUUUUAUAAUUCCUUGAGUUUUCUUUGUUUACAACCAGAUGGGACAAAAAAAUAGAAUGAAAAGGUGUCCCACCUUCCCCACCCUACUAUGAUAUAUUUGUGUGUGGUUUUCUUUGCAUGAGUGUUGAAGUAUAUGGAGUUAAUACAUGAAUUAAAAAUGAUAAACCAACUAAAGAAUUUUCCCAA